AUGCAGCCCUGGAAAGUGCAGAGAAAGGACCCGAGGGAGACAAACGAACAACAUUACACCUACAACGUUAAUGGAUACUCCAAACCCUCCUACAACGUUAAUGGAUACUCCAAACCCUCCUACAACGUUAAUGGAUGCUCCAAACCCUCCUACAACGUUAAUGGAUACUCCAAACCCUCCUACAACGUUAAUGGAUGCCCCAAACCCUCCUACAACGUUAAUGGAUGCUCCAAACCCUCCUACAAUGUUAAUGGAUACUCCAAACCCUCCUACAACGUUAAUGGAUGCUCCAAACCCUCCUACAACGUUAAUGGAUGCUCCAAACCCUCCUACAACGUUAAUGGAUACUCCAAACCCUCUGUCAUGGAUGACAAAGUAGACCAGAGUUUCCCCGAAUGUGAGACCCACCAGACCCCAGCCUCCCCUCUCCACACCGUCCAACCAGACCCCAGCCUCUCCCUCUCCACACCAUCCAAAGAGACCCCAGCCUCCCCUCUCCACACCGUCCAAAGAGACCCCAGCCUCCCCUCUCCACACCGUCCAACCAGACCCCAGCCUCCCCCUCUCCACACUGUCCAAAGAGACCCCAGCCUCCCCCUCUCCACACCGUCCAAAGAGACCCCAGCCUCCCCCUCUCCACACCGUCCAAAGAGACCCCAGCCUCCCCUCUCCACACCGUCCAAAGAGACCCCAGCCUCCCCUCUCCACACCGUCCAACGAGACCCCAGCCUCCCCUCUCCACACCGUCCCACCAGACCCCAACCUCCACUGUCCAACCAGACCCCAGCCUCUCCACACCGUCCCACCAGACCCCAGCCUCUCCACACCGUCCCACCAGACCCCAGCCUCCACUGUCCCACCAGACCCCAGUCUCCACUGUCCCACCAGACCCCAGCCUUCCCUCUCCACACCGUCCCACCAGACACCAGCCUCCACUGUCCCACCAGACCCCAGCCUCCCCACACCAUCCCACCAGACCCCAGCAUCUACUGUCCCACCAGACUCCAGCCUCCCAUCUCCGCACUGUCCCACCAGACUCCAGCCUCCCAUCUCCGCACUGUCCCACCAGACUCCAGCCUCCCCUCUCCACACUAUCCCACAAGACCCCAGCCUCCCCUCUCCACACCGUCCAACCAGACCCCAGCCUCCCCUCUCCACACCGUCCCACCAGACCCCAGUCUCCACUGUCCCACCAGACUCCAGCCUCCACUGUCCCACCACUCAGCCUCCCCUCCACACUGUCCCAACAGACUCCAGCCUCCCCUCUCCACACCGUCCCACCAGACCCCAGCCUCCCCUCUCCACACCGUCCCACCAGACCCCAGUCUCCACUGUCCCACCAGACUCCAGCCUCCACUGUCCCACCACUCAGCCUCCCCUCCACACUGUCCCAACAGACUCCAGCCUCCCCUCUCCACACCGUCCCACCAGACCCCAGCCUCCCCUCUCCACACCGUCCCACCAGACCCCAGCCUCCCCUCUCCACACCGUCCCACCAGACCCCAGCCUCCCCUCUCCACACCGUCCCACCAGACCCCAGCCUCCCCUCUCCACACCGUCCCACCAGACCCCAGCCUCCCCCCCACCGUCCCAUCAGACCCCUCUCCCCUCUCCACACCGUCCCACCAGACCCCAGUCUCCCCUCUCCACACCGUCCCACCAGACCCCAGUCUCCCCUCUCCACACCGUCCCACCAGACCCCAGUCUCCCCUCUCCACACCGUCCCACCAGACCCCAGUCUCCCCUCGCCACACCGUCCCACCAGACCCCAGUCUCCCCUCGCCACACCGUCCCACCAGACCCCAGUCUCCCCUCGCCACACCAGACCCCAGCCUCCCCACACUGUCCCACCAGACCCCAGCCUCCCCACACUGUCCCACCAGACCCCAGCCUCCCCACACUGUCCCACCAGACCCCAGCCUCCCCACACUGUCCCACCAGACCCCAGCCUCCCCACACCGUCCCACCAGACCCCAGCCUCCCCACACCGUCCCACCAGACCCCAGCCUCUCCACACCGUCCCACCAGACCCCAGCCUCUCCACACCGUCCCACCAGACCCCAGCCUCUCCACACCGUCCCACCAGACCCCAGCCUCUCCACACCAUCCCACCAGACCCCAGCCUCCCCACUCCACACCCUUCCGGGUAUGCUGGAUAAGGACCUGAGCUAA